CAAUGUUGUUCAGUCAUCAACUGAAUUCGUGACUGGCAACGUCGCCUCUGUGUGUGCCGCCCGCCAGUGUGUUUGUCACUGUCUGUGUGUGUGUGUGAGUGCGAGUGCGUGUGUGUGACUGUGCGUUCGUUGUCUCUCUAACUGUUAACGCUACGCUGCUGACUGUGUGUUUUGUGGACGCUACUGCAACUAACUGACUGUGGUUGUAACUCACAGAGAUCUUCUGUCUGUCUCCCGCAUUUGUCUCGUGGAGUCGGUCGAAUAAGAAUCAGAAUCAGUAUCAGAAUCAGAAUCCCAAUCAAAACUCAUAUUUAUUAAAAAUAAAAAUAAAAAUACAAAACACGAAUAUUGACAACAGCAGCAGCAAUAACAACGAAGCACAUCAACAACCACAACAGCAACAACAACAACAACAACAUCGACAAAAACGACAACAAGAAUAUAAAAAAAAAAAUAACAAAAUUUAAUAACUGUAUUUUCAGUUUAUACAAUUUUUUUGAUCUAUUUUUUUUUACCACACGAUUCAUUUACAAUUACUACAACAACAACAACAACAAAUCAAAGAAAGCAACAACAAGCAUAAAUAUCAAUAUAUUUAUAUACAACAAAAAUUCAAAAUAAAUCAAAUGAAGCAAGAAAAGUGUGCGCGAGUGUCACAAGUGUAAACAACAACAACAACAACAAGAAUCGGAGUGCAACAUCAACAACAGCAAACAAACAAACAAACAACAAAGCAACAAGCAACAUGCAACAAAGCCGCUUACAAGUUUAAGCCAAAAGAAGACGGAAACAAAAAAUUUGCAAAUUCAAAUUCAAAUUCAAAUCAAAGAAAUCCAAUCAGAAUUUUACGUUGCUCCCCCUCCAACAACCCCUCCAACGCCCCCUCGCUUAAUCGUUCUUGGAGAGGAGAAGAAAACACCAAUGGCAAGAAAAUUCAAUGCCGACGCAAUUGUUGCAACAACAACAACAACAUCGACAACAACAACGACAACAACAAACAAACACGCCUCGUGUUGUGUUAGUGCAAGUGUUGUGCGUGUGUGUGCGUGUGUGUUUCUUCCAAGUGUGUGUCUGUGUGUGUGCAACAACAACAACAACGACAACAAAUCAAAGCUUGGCACAUGCAACAAAUACAAAUGAAUUAGCAACAUCAAAAUUGGCACCAAACAAAUAAAAACAAAAUUCAUGGAUUUUUUUUGAGCACGUAAAAAAAGAAACAAAAAAUACAAAGUAAAGAAAAGCCGCUAACAAAACAAAGCCAAGAAGCAGAAGAAGAAGCUGAAAGAAGUGCGUGAAUAUUUGUUUAUGUGUCUCUCUCGCUCUCUCUUAGUGUAUGUGUGUGUGUGUCUCUCUCCCUCUCGCUCACUCGCUUAAUGCAAUUAACUAAAACUUAAGAGGAGAAGAACCAAAAAAACAAAAAAACAAAGUUGACGCGCUCUCAAAUGCCUCAACAAACGGUUGAACGGUUGCUGAACUAUCAGCGAUAAAAGCAACAAUAACAACAACAACAAAAACUACAACUGCAACAUAAACAACAACACUACAACAACACUACAACAACAACAAAGAAUCGCCAACAUCCAAAGACAGCCCACGAAUGCAGCCAACAUUGCCACAAGCCGCUGGGACAGCCGAUAUGGAUCUGACGGCUGUUCAAUCAAUCAACGAUUGGUUUUUCAAAAAGGAGCAAAUUUAUUUAUUGGCACAAUUUUGGCAACAGGUAAUUGCAACGCACAAAGUGAACCAUAAUUUAGGCAACUGGGUUAACCAGCGACCAGAGAUCCGCGCUACUUUAGCCGAGAAGGAAGUGAAUACACUCAAGGAGCAACUAUCCACAAGCACGCCCGGCAGCAACAGCGACAGCAACAGCAAUAGCGAUAACAACAGCGAGAACAAUAACACAGCAGCAACCACAGCAGCAGCAGCAGCAGCGGCAGCAGCAGCGGCAGCAGCAGCAGCUUUAAUCAAAGCCGAAGAGGAGGCAACGGGUGACAGCGACAAGCUGUUGAACAGCUCGAUUGUUGCAGCGGCGAUCACGCUGCAGCAACAGAACGGCGGCAAUCUGCUGGCCAACACAAACACACCGUCGCCAUCGCCGCCGUUGCUGAGCGCCGAGCAGCAGCAACAGUUGCAGAGCAGUCUGCAGCAGAACGGCGUCGGCGGCGCCUGUUUGAAUCCGAAGCUCUUCUUCAAUCACGCCCAACAGAUGAUGAUGGCUGCGGCUGCGGCGGCAGCGCAACAACAACAGCAGCAACAAUCGCCAAUGCAUUCGCCCGCUGCAGCAGCCAACAGCAACAACAGCAGCAACAGCAAUACAACGACAACAGCAACACAAGUAACAAACACAGCAACAGCAACAGCAACAACAACUGCGACAGCAACAACACUUGCGACAGCAGCAACACUUCCACAGCCAGCUGAAGCCACAGCAGCAGCAGCAGCUACAACUGCGACAGCAGCAACCACAGUUGGCAACAAUGAUGAUGAUGAGGACGAUGAUGAGGAGGAGGAUGCCUCGAUGCAAUCGAAUGUGGCACAUGCUGAUGGUGAAGCCGACAUCGACGACGAUGAUAUGGAGCUGGAACGUGAGCAUAUUGCCGCCGACAGUGGCAAUGUGGCUGCUGCUGUUGCUGCUGUUGCUGCUGUUGAGCAGCCAUCAGCAAGAACUGAAAAUAUUAUCGAUGCGACGGCGACAACGCAACACAACGAUGAAGAUGACGAUGAUGAUGAUGAAGAUGUGGAUGGUGAUAAUGAUGAUGAUGAUGUUGCGGAAGCGGAGGAAGACGAUGAUGAUGAUGGGGAAGCUAGUUUAAAUGUUAGCAAUAAUCAUAAGAACAACAACAACAACAACACGGAUAGUUGUAGUCGAAAGAACAGUGAACAGAAGAUGCAACAUGUUGCACUGCGUGAUAAUAAUAAUGUAAAUGAGCAACAUGUGGCACACAGUGUCGAGGACGAGGAUUGCACCAACAACAACAACAACAACACCAACAGCAACAACAACAACACAACAACAACAAAUGAGAAGCGCAAAAAGCGCAGCAACAACAACAAUCAACCCGCUGUUUUAUUAGCUGCCAAAGACAAAGAGAUUAAAGCACUUUUGGAUGAGCUGCAACGCCUGCGCGCUCUGGAGCAAACUCACCUGGUACAAAUCCAAAGGCUCGAGGAGCACUUGGAGGUGAAGCGACAGCACAUCAUGCGUUUGGAGGCGCGUCUCGAUAAGCAACAGAUCAACGAGGCAUUGGCCGAGGCAACUGCAUUGGCAGCCGCUGUCAAUGCGGCAGCCACCAACAACAACAACAACAACAAUAAUACCAAUAGCAAUAUCAAUAAUAACAACAACACAAACAGCAACAACAACAACAACAGUCACAGUAGUCAGAGCAGUGAACACAACAAUGAGACGACAACAGCAGCCACAACAACAGCAACAACAACAACACAAGAUCUGACAUCGACUCAUCAGCACGAUGAUGACGAUGACGAUGACAACGAUCACGAUCAUAAUGAGCUGCGCGAUGACGAUGAGGAUAUGGAAAUCACCAGCAACGAUCAACAGCAGCAGCAGCAACAGCUUCAACAGCAAACAUCAGUUGCCAACAAUCGUCGGCAUGUGGAUGAUGAGGAGGAUGGCGAGGAGCAGGAUGCUGAAAUGUCCAAUGCCACAGCAACAGCGGAGAGCAAUGAGCUGAAAAUCAAAAAGGAGCACCACAGUCCACUGGAUCUGAACGUGCUCAGUCCACAGUCGGCCCUCGCCGCUGCCGCUGCAGCAGCUGCCGCCGCCGCCUGCGCGAAUGAUCCAAACAAAUUCCAAGCUCUGCUGCUAGAACGGACAAAGGCGCUGGCAGCUGAGGCGCUGAAGAAUGGCGCCAGCGAUGCGGUCAACGUCAACAGCGAUGAUGCCGGACCACUUCCACAUCCCCAUCACCAGCAACAGCAGCAACAGCAGCAGCAGCAGCAGCAACAGCUGCCACACCAGCUGCAACAGCAACAUCACCUCAACAGCAGCAAUAGCAGCAACAGCAGCGAUCCCUUGGCCCAUCACCAUCAACAGCAGCAACAGCAGCAGCAGCAACUUCAUCAUGCACAUGGGCAACAUCAUUUGCAUCAUUUGCAUCACAACGAUUCAAACUCAUCCAGCGCCAACAGCACACCCAACAGCACCACAGCUCAGCUGGCGGCGAGCAUUGCCAACACACUGAACGGCAACAAGUCGCUGUUGCAGGCUGCGGCUGCGGCCAAUGUGGCUGCCGCCGCUGUCGCCGUUGGCGAGGACAACAACAACAGUCUGACACCGAAUGCGAAUGCCGCUGUCGCCGCAGCGGCGAUGGCUGCACAUGCUCAGCAUGCCGCAGCCUUGGGUGCCCCAAAUUUCUUGCCCAGUCUGCCCAGUUUGCCGGCAUUUCAGUUUGCUGCCGCUGCGGCAGCUGGCCAAGAUGCGCGGGCGCAUUUCCGAUUCGCCGACGCCGAGUUGCAACUGCAGCCGGGUGUCUCGAUGGCCGGUCGCCUCGGUGAGUCCCUCAUACCCAAGGGCGAUCCCAUGGAGGCCAAGCUGCAGGAGAUGCUCCGCUACAACAUGGACAAAUAUGCGAAUCAGGCACUCGAUACGCUCCACAUCUCGCGACGCGUUCGCGAGCUCCUCUCGGUGCACAACAUCGGCCAGCGUCUGUUUGCCAAAUACAUUCUCGGCCUGUCGCAGGGCACCGUCUCGGAGCUGCUGAGCAAGCCGAAGCCGUGGGACAAGCUCACCGAGAAGGGACGUGACAGCUACCGCAAGAUGCAUGCCUGGGCCUGCGAUGACAACGCUGUCAUGCUGCUCAAGUCUCUCAUACCCAAGAAAGAUUCUGGCCUGCCACAAUACGCUGGACGCGGCGCUGGCGGCGAUGAUUCCAUGUCCGAGGAUCGCAUUGCCCACAUACUCAGCGAGGCCUCGUCGCUCAUGAAGAGCAACGCAGUUGCCGCACAGCAGCAACAGCAGCAGCAGCAGGAGCAUCAACGUCGUCACGACGAUACGCACAGCAAUGAGGACAGCAAAUCGCCGCCACAGAGCUGCAGCUCACCAUUCUACAAGGUCGAGCUCAAGCAGCAGCUGCAGCAGCAACAACAGCAGCAACAGCAGCAGCAACAGUUGCACGUCUCCGCGGAGCAUGCGCAACGCGAGCAACGCGAAGCAGCAGCCGCUGCUGCCGUUGUUGCCCAGCAACAACGCGAGCAGCGCGAACAACGCGAAGCCGUGCAACGUGAGCAGCAGCAGCGACUGCGUCACGAGGACUUGGCUCAGGACAAGAUGGCGCGUCUCUAUCAGGAGCUGAUGGCGCGCACCCCACGCGAAGCAACCUUCCCAAGCUUUUUGUUGUCGCCAUUCUUGGGCGGCGCCGCGUGCAUGCCCGGUGCAGCGGCCAAUCCAUUCCCGACGGCCAUGGCCACCGAUGAGAACAUGCGACACGCGUUCGAGCGCGAGAUCGCCAAGCUGCAGCAGCAACACCAACAGCAGCAGCAGGCACAGGCGCAAGCUCAGGCCCAAGCGCAGGCCGCAAACUUUCCCAACUUUUCCAGUCUGAUGGCGCUGCAGCAGCAGGUGUUGAAUGGCGCUCAGGACUUGUCGCUAGCCGGCAAGGACAUCAAACUGAACGGACAGCGCGUCGAUCAGCACAGCGGCGGCAGCAGCAGCUGCUCCAAGGACGGCGAACGCGUCGACGAUGAUCGCAGCAGUUUUCCCGCUCUGCCACCGGUGCGCAAGACCGAAGGCGGUGGCAACACACCAGCUCCAUCCGUUGUGCCUUCGGCCGUGUCAGCGGGAGGCAACUCACAACCCUCAGCAGCAACCGCUGUGGUUGCUGGCAACAGUGGCGGACAACACGGCAGCAACUCGGCGGCGCCCAGUCCGCUGAGCAACUCGAUAUUGCCGCCAGCGCUGAGCAACCAGGGCGAAGAGUUUGCGGCAACUGCGAGUCCAUUGCAGCGCAUGGCGAGCAUCACAAACUCGCUGAUCACACAGCCCCCGGUGACGCCGCAUCACUCGACACCGCAGCGACCGACGAAAGCGGUCCUGCCACCGAUCACCCAGCAGCAAUUCGAUAUGUUCAACAACCUCAACACCGAGGACAUUGUGCGACGCGUCAAGGAGGCCCUCAGCCAGUACAGCAUCUCGCAGCGUUUGUUCGGCGAAUCGGUGCUCGGUCUGUCCCAGGGAUCCGUCUCAGAUCUCCUGGCCCGCCCCAAGCCGUGGCACAUGCUGACGCAGAAGGGUCGCGAACCGUUCAUACGCAUGAAGAUGUUCCUCGAGGAUGAAAAUGCGGUCCACAAGCUGGUGGCCAGCCAGUACAAGAUCGCACCCGAGAAGCUGAUGCGCACGGGAAGCUACAGCGGCAGUCCCCAGAUGCCCCAGGGACUGGCGAACAAGAUGCAGGCCACGCUGCCCAUGCAGAAGAUGAUGAACGAACUGAAGCUGCAGGAGCCGCAGGCCCAACACAUCAUGCAACAGAUGCAAGCAGCCGCUGCGAUGUCCGCGGCCAUGCAACAGCAGCAACAGGCAGCGGCCGCCCAAGCCGCAGCCGUGCAGCAAGCCCAAGCCCAAGCGGUGCAGCAGCAACAGCAACAGAGCCAGCAGCAACAGCAGCAGCAACAGGUUGUUGCCGCCCAGCAACAGGCCCAGGCACAGCUCCUACACCAUCAGAACAUGCUGCUCACCUCGCCCGGUCUGCCGCCUCAGCAUGCGAUCAGUCUCCCCGCGGCCAGCACGCCCGGCGGACAGUCGAGCGGCAGCGGCAGCGGUGCCGCAGGCAUUGUGACGCCGGUGAGUGGGGGUGAGAAGAAGCCGAUGCUGAUGCCGGUGCAUGGCGGAGCGCAUACACCGAAUGCGAUGCGCAGCUUGCAUCAGCACAUGUCGCCGACGGUGUACGAGAUGGCGGCAUUGACGCAGGAUCUGGACACACACGACAUUACCACAAAGAUCAAGGAGGCGCUGCUGGCGAACAACAUUGGCCAGAAGAUCUUCGGGGAGGCGGUCCUCGGACUGUCGCAAGGCUCCGUCUCGGAGCUGCUAAGUAAACCGAAGCCCUGGCACAUGCUGUCGAUUAAGGGACGCGAACCGUUCAUUCGGAUGCAGCUGUGGCUGAGCGAUGCCAACAACGUGGAGCGUCUGCAGCUGCUGAAGAACGAGCGGCGGGAGGCGAGCAAGCGUCGCCGCAGCACCGGACCCAAUCAGCAGGACAACAGCAGCGACACCUCGAGCAACGACACCAACGACUUCUACACGAGCAGCCCCGGUCCGGGCUCGGUGGGUUCGUCGGUGAGCGGUGCACCGCCCAGCAAGAAGCAGCGUGUGCUCUUCUCCGAGGAGCAGAAGGAGGCGCUCCGUCUGGCCUUUGCCCUCGAUCCGUAUCCGAAUGUCGGCACCAUUGAGUUUCUGGCCAACGAGCUGAGCCUGGCCACGCGGACCAUCACCAAUUGGUUCCACAAUCAUCGCAUGCGGCUCAAGCAGCAGGUGCCACACGGCCAGCCGGGUCAGGACAAUCCGAUACCGAGUCGGGAGAACACCAAUGCCACGCCCUUCGAUCCCGUCCAGUUCCGCAUCCUGCUGCAGCAGCGUCUCGUCGAGCUGCACAAGGAGCGCAUGGGCCUCAGCGGUGCGCCCAUUCCCUACCCACCGUACUUUGCGGCCGCCGCACUCCUCGGACGCAGUCUCGCCGGUAUUCCGGGUGCUGCGGCCGCAGCGGGCGCUGCUGCUGCGGCAGCGGCAGCUGUGGGCGCCGCGGGCGGCGACGAGCUGCAGGCGUUGAAUCAGGCGUUCAAGGAACAGAUGAGCGGACUGGACCUCUCGAUGCCCUCGCUGAAGCGCGAACGCAGCGACGACUAUCAGGACGAACUGGAGAUGGAUGCCAGCGGACACAAUAUGAGCGACAACGAGUCCAUCGAGGGUGGCCACGAACCCGAACCGAAUCCCGUCUCCGACUACGAGAAGGCGCUCCACAAAACGGCGCUCGCCUCGGCCGCUGCAGCAGCUGCUUACAUGAGCAAUGCGGCGCGCAGUUCACGCCGCAAGCCAGCGGCACCCCAGUGGGUGAAUCCCGCUGCAGCCAGCACUCCCAACACACCGGCGGGUGUGGUCGCUGCCGCUGUGGCCGCUGCGGCUGCGGCUGCAGCUGCUGCCGGCGAGAGCAGCGAGCGGAUCAUCAACGGAGUGUGCGUGAUGCAGGGAUCGGACUACGGUCGGGAGAAUGACAAUGACAACGAUAUGGACAGCAUGAAGGGUGCCGGCGAUGCGACUGGCAACGAGUCCGAGCACGAUCAGCACGCUCAGCUGGAGAUCGAUCAGCGCUUCAUGGAGCCCGAGGUGCACAUCAAACAGGAGGAGGACGAUGAUGACGAUCAGCAGCAGCAGCAGCAGCAUCAGCAUCAGCAAUCCGUGGUGGAGGAGAGCGGGAGCGAGGCCGCCGAGAAGCAGCUGAAGGUGAUCAACGAGGAGAAGCUGCGCAUGGUCCGUGUGCGGCGUCUCAGCAGCAACGGCGAUGCCGAAGAGCAUUGCUCCCAGCAGGCGACAGCAGCCACAACGCCAGCAGCCACAGCAGCAGCAGCAGCAGCAGCAUCGUGGAACUAUUAAAGAGGAAGUGAAAGUGCAAUGUGGAGUUUACUUGUGAUUAAGUUUGGCAGCAGACCCAGCAAAAAGCGAUGAAGAUGAUGGAGAUCAAGAUGAUAAUGUUUCGAUUGAUACACGAAGAAUAUAUAUAUACAUAGCACACAUACACACAUAUACCUAGCUCGUAGACCUCUAUAUUAUAUAUAUACAUACAUAUACCUAUAUAUAUAUAUUUAGCAUAUAAUUGAAAAGAAUUUUUUUUUUUUUUUUUGAUCGUAGUUUGUAGGUAAAAAGUUUAGAGACGCUAUGCGAAGCGCAAAAGUAUUAAAUUGUUGGCUUCAAACUUGCCACGUGAACACUCCCUUUCCCCCCCCCCCCCCACUCCCUACUUUUCCCUUGCCCAACAACAAGUGAGAACAAGAAGAAGAUGAAGACGAAGACGAAGACGAAGAAAAACACUACCUAAAAACUCUACCAAAAGCCAAAUCUGAUCUGAGGCGCAGAUUUUGCAAAACGAUUUUUUUGAUUUCUUUACGACUUGAAGACUGUAAGCAAAUGGCGGUAGAUUUUUACAAUUAUUAUUAUAUUACUAUUAUUAUUAUUAUUAUUAUUGCUAAAUAUAUUAUAUUAUGACUAUUAUCAUUAUUACCAACAUUUUUUUUUUCCUGCAUUGUUAAGUGUAAAUAGAUAAUCAAUAAAAUAUGAAAUAUACGAUAACAAAAACAAAAAAAAAAUAAACAAAAAGCAAAAACUCAAUGCCGUUCUGUAAAUAGUCGAAAAUUCGUAGGCAUCAAAUGUUCUUUUAUAUUUUCCUAACUAAAUAUUUCAUUUAAUUUAACAAACCAUAUUUUUUUUUUUGCGCUAAAAAGUUUUAACUAUCUUUUGAUCUCAAGCAGCACCGACUCAUACAUGAAACAUAACUGAUAACUAAUAAAAUCAACGCGAACGAACAUCAAGUUAAGAUUACACAAAAAACAAAACAAAAACAAAACCUGAAACUCGAACAACAAAA